ACUCGAAGUUGAAUAAAAUUUCAAAGAUAAAAAGUAUUUUAAAAAUAUUAGUUUUACAUCGAAAUGGCGCUCAGAGCAAUCCAAUUAAGGGGCAACAGCAGCACAAAGACCCCAAGAAACCGAAGUCUAACACCUGGAAAUCGGAGUAGAUCGGCAAGUAACCUCAAAUUGGAACUCCGCAGAUUAGCCAAUCGCAAAAAAAAGGCUGAUUAUCUAUUGAGAUUGGCGUACAAUAUUCGAAAUGCAAGGAUCAGACAGCUGAACCGAAUAAUAACCCAAAAGCAACUAGAGCAGAAAAAUCGAUCUAAAAUGCUGCGAGAUCGUAGUUACCAACACUUUCGCAAACUCUUUUAUCAAAUGAGUCUGGAAAUGGACAAAGAAAUUUUGCAGGCUCAAAAUGUUUUGAACAAUAAGAAAAAGAAUCGCGAAUAUAUCAAAAGAGAAAUAAAGAUAAUUAAGAAACUGUCUAAAAAGUCACCUCAGGCAUGGGCACACUUUAAGAGUUACAUACGAAAAAUUGAAAUGGCAUAUGCUGGCAUUGUUCCCUUGGAAGAGGCCCUCAAACAAAGACCUAAAGAGAUCCGAAACGGAGAUCAUAAACCCGAAUCAUCAUUUCCAACCGAUCCCAAAAAUGAUAAAAGUCUUAAGAAAGAUUCUAAAAUUAAAUUCAAGUUUCAGUCUGAAAUCUGCAAACGAACCCCAUCACCAUCUUGCAAUAUCAUCCAGGGUCCUUAUAGUGUUCCCAAGCCCCAUAACUUUAUAAGAACUCACUCAUCAUCAAACGAAAACAGACAAGCGCCAAAACUAUACCAAAAAAUCAAAAAACAAAAGGGCGAGGAAAGCUCACAAUUAUUGAAGCUCAGAGAUGGUUUAAGUAAGGACACUCGCAUGAUACGUCACCUUGAAAAAUCUCUGAUUUCGAUAAUAAAUAAAACACAAAAAAAAUAUAACAAUAAGAAAAGUAAGAACAGCACAAGUCACAGUCUAAUAAAAAAGCGGAGUAAAAUUCGCAGCCAAAGUCGUAGUCAAAGUCAAAACCGCAGUAAAAGUCACAGCCUAAGUAGCAGUCGAAGUCAAAGUAAAAAUCGAAGUAAAAAUGUAGCAGUAAAAAAAAUUAGCAGUAAAAAUCGCAUGCAAUUUCGAAGCCAAAGUAACGAUCAAACUUCAAGUGCCAACCAAAAUCAAAAUCAUGUUCUAAACGGCGUUCACAGUCCCACUAAAAAUAAAAGUAAAAUAAGCAUUCAUAUUAGUCUUAGCGAUCCCAGAACAUACACAAGUCGAAGUCAAAUCCCCAGUCACAGUGAAAACCGCAGUCAAAGUCGUAGUAAAAUCAGAAGUCGAAGUAAGAGUCGCAGAAAAAUUCGCAAUAAAAGUCGCUCUCGUAGUAAAAGCCGAAUUAGAAAUCGUAGUCAAAGUCGCAGCAAAGAACUCAGUACAAUUCGCAGUAAAAACCGUAGUAAAAGUCGCAGUCAAAACCGCAGUAAAAAUCUAAGAAAAACCAAAAAUGCAAUUCUCAAUCAUAAUCGCACUCAAAAUGAAACCGAAAACCGAACUCUAAAUCACAAUAAAAUCAGUAAACAAAGUCACAAUAAAAAUCGUAAUAGAAAACAACAUCGCAGUGAAAGUCGCAUUAUGAAAAGGAGUAGAAGUCAGAAAAAAAUGAAAACUCUGUUUAAAGGUCUCCCGCAAAAGGAAAGUAAAGUUCACAUUUUAAGCCACAUAGAAAGUAAAACAAGUGCUACAAGUAGAAGCACUCAUAUACCGGCUGCAAUCAAAAGAAAGAUGGCUUUGGAUGAAAAAAAGAUUCAAAACGGUGAGACAACCUCUAGCCACUUGAUGAUCAGGGCCCUGCGAAAGUUCAAGAAGUUUAGGAUAAGUGAAUCUAGCUCCAUGGCUUUGGGUGCAAAGAAACCAAAGGCAAUACCUGGCAUUUUGAGGAAAUCCGGGACAUCGAUCGGAUCUGGGAGCAUUGAAGUUCAAAUAGGAGUGGCUCAGCAAUUGAACACCAAUCCAGCAGGGAAGCAACCUCACUCAGUCGAAGAACCCAAAAAGGAUUUAAACACCAAUCCAGCCGAGAAGCAACCACACUCAGUCGAAGAACCCAAGAACAUGGUGAACUUUUUGUCUGAAAGGAAAAGAUUUUUCGAUGCUUCUGGUUCAGUGCAUGAAGAUGGCGUAGAUGAAGACAUCGCACAUGAAUACCACGAUGAGGAUGGAGAGGAUAAUCAUAAUGUUAUGGCCACAGAACAUGGAGCUGGCGAUGGUCAUGCCGGAAGUAGAAAAUGGGCACCUUCGCACAGAAAUACCCCUCCCACUCGGUUCACUCAUGAUCUGAUUUCCGGAGCUCACGAUCAUGACCUGCACGAACUUGUGGGAGAACAUGCAGGGGAACUAAAGCAAGUGUUUAGUCUGCUGAUGCAGGACAGAUCACCAACCAAGGCCACCGAUCUACUUUUGCUAAAGAGGUACAGUGCUCACUCCAAAGGAUAUGAUGAUACAUUGCAGAAGCUACACCAUAGACGCUUGAAGCGGUGCCAUACCGCCUACGAAAAGAUACUGAACGAGGCGGAGUUUGAGGGGCUCAAGAAACAGAUGGGUUCCAGAAUGAGGCGGGUCUUACGGUCUUCGGUUUUGCCGGAACAAGUCAGUAAAGCCUCAAGUUCAACUGACGACCUUGAGGAUUUGUCGGUAAACAAUCACUACGAUGUAGAAGGUAUGCUUAAACGUUGGGAAAAAUUCUUUAAUGAGCAGACCAAAACACCAUUUCAAUUGGAGCUGGAAAGAAAACAUGAGAAGACCUUAAAGGAAAAAUUGAAACUUCGCAGAAAACAAAGAUCCCUAUCGCGGGGGUCUUCCUCUUCCCGCAGCAAAAGUCCGCGACGUUUUGAUCUUGCAAAGCAUUUCAGUCAUCCACGAUUGACGGCCCGCCAAAAAAAAGUCGAGAAGCUCAUUUCUCAGUCCCUUCCCGUUCUUAGUCCAGUUAAAAACACCUACAAGUGCUCCAUAUGUGGUUUAAGUCUUAGUCAUUGCAGCUCCAUUAGCGUUCAUAUAGAAAAAUGCUAUUGUGAUUGACCUUGCUAAAAGAUAUAUUGUAAAUAAAUAAUACUUGUGGAUUAAUACUUACUUUAA